AAGAGACCGUGAGGGGCAGAUCGUUCUAGGCAACGCGCUGCGAGCGGUGGACAGAGAAUGAGUAUUUCCUGACUAAACUUGAACGGAUUGGCGAUCCGUGCUUAGAGGUAAUACGAUUCGAGUGUCAUUGUAGGCAUGGGUCGCGGCGGCGUGGUACCUCUCGCCGAGCUCCUAGGGGAGUGUUUUCCCUGUCAGUUCGUCAGCGCUGGAAAUGGCGUUGUGAUGCUGAGCAAGGAAGACGCAGUAGACGCGGAUGCCAGAGAAUAGGAGAAGAGCUAAAAUAUAGUACCUGUGUUUUUCUUUUGGUGUGGAUUUUUUUAAAGCGGUGAAUGAUACCAUGGUGAAUUACCAGAAAUACAUAACUGUUAUGCAGCUGGCCUUAGGUGUGACAGCCAUCAACAGAGACCGUAGCCUGCCUCCAAGGAAACAUAUGUGGAUUUUUCCCAAACACGAAAAAGAUAAAUACGGACCAGCUGUGUACUACCCUAGGGUCCACGCCUACAUCCCCACCCCUGAUACGCUCUCUAUAGCGGCUGAAUCAGAGAGUUCGGUGCAGGGCAAACCAUCCCUGCGCAGAAUCAAGGGCCGCAUCCACCGCAGUAAAAGCCUGGACAGCAUCGACCUGCUGGACUCUAACAGUGCAGCAAUGGAGGAGACAGUAAUAUGGGAACAGCACACAGUAACUCUACACAGGGCACCAGGGUUUGGAUUUGGAAUCGCCAUCUCAGGUGGGAGAGACAACCCCCACUUCCAGAGUGGAGAGACCUCCAUUGUCAUCUCGGAUGUGCUGAAGGGGGGCCCAGCAGAAGGCCUGCUGCAGGAGAAUGACAGAGUUGUGAUGGUCAAUGCGGUCUCCAUGGAUAAUGUGGAGCAUGCAUAUGCAGUGCAGCAGCUGCGGAAGAGUGGGAAGAAUGCAAAAAUAACCAUCAGACGAAAGAGGAAGGUACAGGUUCCAAUGGGACGUCAUGGAGAGCGUGAGACCAUGUCAGAGCACGACGACGAUGAUGACAGCUAUGAGGAUGAGAUCUACGAGGUGCGGAGCGGGCGAAGUGGGCCAAGUGCGUACGGCGGGGGCGGGGCCACAGGACGGCGCAACGGCAGGGGCGAGCGGCUGGGCGGGAGGAGGGAUCGCGAGCGCGAACGUAGCGGCUCCAGAGAGAGGAGUCUAUCUCCACGCUCGGACCGCCACUCCGUGUCUUCCAACCUACCUCCGCGCCCAGCCAAGGUCACCCUUGUCAAGUCCCGCAAGAAUGAAGCAGAAUAUGGUCUUCGCCUGGCCAGCCACAUCUUCGUGAAGGAUAUCUCCCCCGAGAGCCUGGCCGCCAGGGAUGGCAACAUCCAGGAAGGAGACGUCGUGCUGAAGAUAAAUGGCACAGUGACAGAGAACCUGUCCCUGAUAGAUGCUAAAAAACUGAUCGAGCGGUCCAAAGGCAAGUUGAAGAUGGUUGUGCAGAGAGAUGAGCGAGCCACACUGCUCAACAUCCCUGACCUGGAUGACAGCAUCCCCUCAGCAAAUGCUUCUGACAGAGAUGAUAUUUCUGAUAUACACUCAGUAGCAUCUGAUCACUCAAACCGAUCCCAUGACAAGAAAAGGAGCAGUCGCUCUCGCUCGCCAGACCGCCGCUCGGAGCCCUCGGACCAUUCCAGACAUUCCCCCCCACAGAUCAGCAACGGCAGUCACAGGAGUCGGGAAGAGGAGCGCAUCACGAAGCCUCUCCCCCUGCCAGCUAAGAUGGUGGAGGAGACUUCUAAAGCAGUGGAGCAGACUGGGACCAGGGAGGACAAACAGCUCCCACCUCUGCCAGAGCCAAAGCCUGUGUAUGCUCAGCCCGGCCAGCCUGAUGUGGACUUGCCUGUUAGUCCAGCUGACGCCCCUGUGCCCAGUGUAGCACAUGAUGACAGUAUUCUGCGGCCCAGUAUGAAGCUUGUGAAGUUUAAGAAGGGCGAGAGCGUGGGGCUGCGGCUGGCUGGGGGCAAUGACGUGGGCAUCUUUGUGGCUGGCGUGUUGGAGGACAGUCCUGCUGCUAAGGAGGGUCUGGAGGAGGGGGACCAGAUACUCAGGGUAAAUAAUGUAGACUUUGCAAACAUCAUUCGAGAAGAGGCUGUGCUCUUUCUUCUGGAUCUGCCCAAAGGGGAGGAGGUCACCAUUCUUGCCCAGAAAAAGAAGGAUGUGUACCGACGAAUUGUGGAGUCUGAUGUGGGUGACUCGUUUUACAUCAGGACUCAUUUUGAGUACGAGAAGGAGUCUCCAUAUGGCCUGAGCUUUAAUAAGGGCGAGGUGUUCCGAGUGGUGGAUACGCUGUAUAACGGCAAGCUGGGAUCCUGGCUGGCCAUCCGCAUCGGCAAGAACCACCAGGAGGUGGAGAGGGGCAUCAUCCCCAACAAGAACAGAGCGGAGCAGCUGUCCAGUGUGCAGUACACGCUCCCUAAGACAGCAGGAGGGGACAGGGCUGACUUCUGGAGGUUCCGUGGCCUGCGCAGCUCCAAGAGGAACCUGAGGAAGAGCAGAGAGGAUCUCUCUGCCCAGCCUGUCCAGACAAAGUUCCCUGCCUAUGAGAGAGUUGUUCUCCGAGAAGCUGGUUUCCUGAGACCUGUGGUAAUAUUUGGUCCCAUUGCUGAUGUUGCCCGAGAGAAACUUUCAAGGGAGGAGCCAGACCUCUUUGAGCUUGCAAAGAGUGAACCUAGAGAUGCAGGUACAGACCAGCGGAGUUCUGGAAUCAUCCGUCUUCAUACCAUUAAGCAGAUCAUCGAUAGAGAUAAGCAUGCGGUUUUGGACAUCACCCCUAAUGCCGUGGACCGUCUAAACUAUGCCCAGUGGUAUCCAAUCGUAGUAUUCCUGAACCCAGAUAGCAAGCAGGGUGUGAAAAACAUGAGGACCAGGCUCUGCCCUGAAUCCAGAAAGAGCGCCCGGAAACUGUAUGAGCGCGCUCUGAAGCUGAGGAAGAACAACCAUCACCUCUUCACCACAACAAUUAACUUGAAUAACAUGAAUGAUGGGUGGUAUGGAGCUCUGAAGGAGACCAUUCAGCAACAGCAGAACCAGCUGGUCUGGGUUUCUGAAGGCAAGGCCGACGGAGCUCCUGAGGAUGACCUGGACAUCCACGACGACCGCCUUUCCUACCUCUCAGCGCCGGGCAGCGAGUACAGCAUGUACAGCACAGACAGCCGCCACACGUCCGACUACGAGGACACGGACACAGAAGGUGGGGCCUACACCGACCAGGAGCUGGAUGAAACCAUGAAUGAUGAGGUGGGCUUGCCCAGUGAGCCUGCCAUCACCCGCUCCUCCGAGCCCGUGCGUGAGGAUCCUCCCGUCAUCCAGGACCCACCUGGGUACCCAAGCUACCAGCACACUGUGCCCCAGCUGGAGCCCCUAAACCGCAUUGACCCUGCUGGAUUUAAGAUGGCCAACCCCCAGCAGCAGGCUGAGGCUGCUGUGGCCCUGCCCUCCUUCCCCUCUGCCGCAGCAGCAGCGCCCCCUACUGUUGAACCCGCCACAGCACUAGCGAGUAUGAACCCCAAGGAGCCACCUGGCACCCCUCAGGCUGAUCCCCUUAACAGCCCUGCCCCAGAACCUGACCCCCAGCCCGAUGCUGAGUUCACUCAGCCCCCAACACACGACCCCCACCUGUCGCUUCCGCCAGGCCCAGAUCCAAAGAUGUAUAAGAAGGAUCUGUACAGUGUGGAUGAGCCUGUGCGAGUGAACCACAGGAUGAAGCCCCAGCAGCCUGCGCAGCAGCAGCAGCAGUCUUUAGCUCCCCCUUCCUCUCUAUCCUACAGCCACCAGCCCGUCUACCAGGACAAACAGCCAUACCGCGAGUACGACCAUCCGCCUUACGGCUACGAUGGUGGCGGCUAUGCUCAACCAAAGCCUCACAACUACGACCCGCACCUGCACUACGACAACCGUGUGCCUCACUACGACGAGCAGUGGCCCCCCUAUGACCAGCAGAGCUCGUCCCAGCCUCCACUACCCGGGCCUGGCUACCCUCAGGGCCACCAGCCGCUGCCGCCGCCGCCGCCUCUGGGCUACGAGCCACGCUCCCCCUAUGAGGACGGCCCCACGCGGGACUACAGCCCCCCUCAGCCCCGCUACGACGAGGCUCCCAUGGGUUACGAUAACCGUCCAAGGCACGGUAAACCCGGGCCUAUUCGGUUUGAUGAUGCCCCUCCUCCUCCCCCUCCAGCCGUGUAUGAUGCCCGUUCUCCUUACGAAGCAGAGGCCCACGGGUUCCCGAAAAAUGCCCCCCGCUCUCCUGACCCUCCGAAGCAGUAUUAUGGAGAAGCUUCAGUCAGGCCCUCAUAUAACCCAGGGCCUCCGAACCGUGGCUACAAACCAGGGCAGCAUGAACAUUUGAAUUCAGAGCCUCCAGUUCCCCUUCCCAAACCAGAGGUUCUCCUCUCCCCAGUGGAGCCUGUCCACUCUGCCACUCCUAAACCCUUACCACCUCCCCUGAGAGAAGACCCCGAUGAGGACCCUGCCAUGAAGCCCCAGUCUGUUCUUAACAGGGUCAAGAUGUUUGAGAACAAGCGCUCUGUGUCUGUAGACCGAGCCAAAGAGGCCGGAGAUGUACCAGGGAUCAGGCCCACGGAUCUCACCAAACCUGUGAGUGUACCUGGCCCCGUGCUUAAAGCCAACUCUCUCAAUAACCUGGAACAGGAAAAGCCUGCAUACAGGGCCCCUGAGCCCCAGAAGCCUCAGUCGCGAUUAGGAGAGGAAGUGGUCCGAACAAAUCACUAUGACCCUGAUGAGGAUGAGGAGUACUACAGGAAGCAGCUGUCCUACUUUGACCGCCGCAGCUUUGAUACCAAGACCAUGAAUCAGCCCAUCAGUCGUUUCCAUGAGCUGCCCAAACCCUCACAACCUCCGCUAGGAUACCCUUACAACAGGACUGAGUCAGUGGAGAAAGUGAGCCCUGUGGAUAAGAGACAUGAGCUGCUCCCACCGAUUAACCCCUCAGCCGCUCCCUAUGGCCAGGCAGGCCCUGCUGUCCCCCCCACGUCUCUGCCCAAACUCAACACAGAGGUGAACUCCCUGGCAGAUCCCCACAGCUCUCCCAAGGGCAAACCAGAUCUCCCCUCUCUCCGACCUCCUAAUCGUGACGACUCCGUCCCAGGCAACUACCUAACCCAAAAAUCUCCAGUUAACGGCACUGACAUUCCACCCAAGACACUGGGCAUCCCUGGUCCCACCAGCUAUAAUCGCUACGUCCCCAAGCCUUACACAAGCUCUGCACGGCCCUUCGAACGCAAGUUUGAGAGUCCCAAAUUCAACCACAACCUUCUGCCCAAUGACACACAGGCCAAGGCCAGUAUGAUGAACAACAACCCCAAAGCCCCUCACCUUUCACCCCAGCCCAUGGAGACAGAUAGUGGAGUGGAUACAUUUACCCGCACGAUGGACAACAGGCCCAAAUAUCAGCACAACAACGUUAAUUCUCUCCCCAAGGCUGUCCCUGUCAGUCCCAGUGCACUGGAUGAUGAUGAUGAUGAUGAUGGACACACUGUGGUUGCCACAGCACGAGGCAUCUUUAAUUGUAAUGGUGGGGUGUUGAGCUCCAUAGAGACAGGGGUGAGCAUCAUCAUCCCCCAGGGGGCCAUUCCAGACAGCGUGGAGCAAGAGAUCUAUUUUAAAGUGUGCAGAGACAACAGCAUCCUGCCCCCACUGGACAAGGAGAAAGGUGAAACUCUGCUCAGUCCUUUGGUCAUGUGUGGACCUCACGGUCUGAAGUUCCUGAAGCCUGUGGAGCUGCGCCUGCCGCACUGUGCGUCCAUGACCCCUGAUGGUUGGUCUUUUGCUCUAAAAUCCUCCGACUCCUCGUCGGGUGACCCCAAAUGCUGGCAAAACAAGGCUCUCCCAGGGGACCCCAAUUACCUAGUGGGCGCUAACUGUGUGUCUGUGCUCAUUGACCACUUCUGAAGAGGGCGACAGCUGGUCUGUUACUGAAUGUGAAAGGGUCACAGGAGAACAUGAGGAAAUACACUUCUCUUUGUUCCCCUUUCACCUCUGCUCUGCCCCUCUUUGAGGAGUUGCUCCAUAAUACAUAGUAGUCAUUCAUUCUUGUUUUGCGAAAGGAGUUUACUUUGCCCAAGAAUUCACUCAGAGGACAAGGAGCGCACCUCUGCCUGGUGCUGCACCCCACCCCCUUUUUUGCUUUAUUUUUGGUGCUUGAAAGCUUGCAAAAAAGACAAAAUAAAUGAAUUUAUUAAAUUAACUGUUAAGAGAAUGCAUGACCAGUGCCACAGACUAAAAUAAUCCCAUUUUGACAAUUGUAACUUCUCCUAUGAAAAGUCUUUUUUUUUUUUUUUUUUUUUAUAACAUUUCACAUGAAACAAGGGAACACAUGAGAAGUCAAUUUUAAACUUACAAUUCUGCAUACAUGUUCACAAACAGAAAAGUUAAUCUUUGGAAAACUUUUUUUGUUUGUGAAGUCUGUGGUCAUGUUUGUGUGUUUUUGUGGGUUUGGGUGUGCAUGGAUCUCCAUGGAUCUGCAUUAUCCUGAGCCUACUCUUGGGGGACUUCAGAGUGAAGGACACUGAGAGACGUGAUUGGCCUGAAGAACCCCUUCUUGACUUGAGCUCGUGGCUAAUGGACUCCCUUCUCUGACUUCAAUGGGCUCCAUGUUUUGAACAGACCUUUUCUAGCAGUGUUUUACCAUAGAUGAAUCCACUGACAUUGACUUUGGUUUUCCAAAACUCCUGCUGUCUAGAGAUCUAUGCAUGUGCUAUGACUCAGGUCCAGAAGCCUGCUACUAAGUUCAGAACACAAACGUUCCCAUCUUUACACUGCAAGCAGUGAUGCCUUAUCUGCAUAUCAACUUUAAUUUAACAAAAGUCAUAACUUCAGAUUUAACUUGUGUGAAAUAAUGAAGGAUAUUCAAAUUCUGUCACCAUUUUUAACCUAUUGUGUGAGUGGACUUGGAUGUAGCACACAAAUAAUCAAGGCUAAUGAACAGGUAUGCUUUAUUUUACUGCUAUGCAUAUGAAGUCAAUGGAUAUACAAAAUACUAGGAUAUGUUUAAAUUAUGGCUGUAUAUACUGCUAGCAUAUGGCCUUGGUUUGCUGUAAAUGACCUUUUGUACAUUUGUUAUUUUCUAUAAAAUGUUAAGAUUUUUGGUUAAAAAAAAAAAAAAAA